AUGCGCCCUGUAGCAUCCACUCCGAACGUUCCUCCGCGCCCUGCGGCAUCGAACCCUACGUUACCUCAACUGCCCGUAGCCGUAGUGUCGGAACUGGUAGCUCUGUCGGAAGGACCUGUGCCUCCUGCGCCGGCGACUGGCAAUCUUCCCUCACGUCCGCGUCGCCCGCUUCCUCGCCCGCCCCCCAAGUUGGUACCGUCAACUGGCUCCACGUCAACUGCCUUUCUCGCACUCCCAACUCUCGUGUUGGCGCCAGCGGCUUCCGCCCCCCGCGCCCCUUUCCCCGAGUCCCCUAUGCCUGACCUCACAUCACCGAAAGCCUCCCGCUCCUCGUACACCCCGUGGGCAAACUGGACGGAUGGGUUCUACCUCCGGCAGACGAUCAUCGACCACACGAACAAGCGCGUCCAGGCGACCUUUGAUGUCCCAUGGGACGAGAUGCAGGUCGGCGCGGACGGGCUCAGCCCGUGGAUCUCAGCGAGCCGAGAUCCGGGCUGGGCGGUAUGGGAAGUGGCGCGCCGGCUUGCCCAGGUCCCCGGCGAGAGCGUGCACAUCGCCGUCAUAGCAAUGCAACCCAAAGCUCUGCUCACUCCUGCUCGCGGCGCGGCUGGCGAAGUCGUGCUCGACCCUUACGCCACCCUCCUUGACUGCAAGCGGAAGAAUAUCGGCACCGCUACUCAGGGCCGUAUGACUAACAACGCGAAAGAGGCAGUCGAGCGGUCGCUUUUCGGUGUCAACGCGAGCAGUGAGGUUCUAUUCUACGGUCGCAUCUUUGCGGACAGCAUCGUCUCGGUGAUGGAGUUUACGCACGAUCAUCUCCCACUCGGCCUACCUCCACACUGGCUCGCACAGCCGGGCAAGACCUGGAUGGACUCGUUGGUCUGGGAUCCUUACGAGCAGGCCUACGACUGGCACAAUGCCCGCCAGCGUAUCGCGACCGUUGCGGCCGGAGGAGAACUCCCGUCCCUCGGCAAACUCACGACUCGCACAUCGUACGCACCUCAUCCCUCCGUCACACGCAGGGGGACGAUAUCCAGCGUCAACAUCUCAAUCCAUACCGGUCAGAACGGUGAUCUGGAGGACAUCGCUCCCGGCGCCCACACAGUUCCCACCGACGCGAAAGUCCAUUCAACUUACUCGCGCCCUGCUGAGCCGAAGACUAUUUUAAACCCGGCCCCUCCCAAGAUGCCGCGCGCCGCUCGCCAGCGGCCCAGAGAUACCCCUCCACGCCACCAGCGCCAACCUCCUUCCAAACCGUACGGCGUCACUGAUCAAACACAGCGUAUGUCCCAUGGCAUAUCCGACAACGGCUGGUAG